AUGAUUGCCAAUUUAGUCCCAAAUCAAGACGAACAGACCCCUCUUGGGGGCGGCUCUAUAACCUCAGAAUUACCUUACUCUCAACGAGCGAGUAACCAGCCGAUUCCACCACCAUUUCUUGCUGAAUGCAAGAACGAAUUUCGGCACACAAGUACCAAUCCCCCACUAUCCGUUCACAAUCGGGGGAUCGCGCAAACACCAUCUGAUAAAAAGGGAGGAGAUAUGUUAGCACAGACUAUGCAAUGCCCUAUUCGCGCCCGUAUAGAGAUAAAGAAGACUGAGUGUGUGUCCUCAUCCCAAGGCGGUGAAUCAUCGGUCGUGCGGUUGAGGAACAAGAAUGGGAAUGAAUAUAACAUUCCAGCGGAUACAAAGAUAGCUUCCACGGAGGCUCAGAAAAAGAGGAAGCGCAAUGCCGACGCAUCAAAGCGUUUCCGUGCUAAGAGGGACGAAAGAAAUCGUGAGAUGAAAAUGGAGAUAAAGAGGUUGGAAUUUCAGUUAGGCGAGUGCAAGAGCGAUAGAGACCGUUAUCGAAACGAAAGAAACGAGUCUAUAUUGGCUCAUUUCCCGAUCACCAUCACCAUUACCGAAGUCAUCUUUUGCGGCUGA